GCCUGAGCCGGGACUGGCGGCAGCGAGCUGGGCCUGAGAGAGGGCCGCGGGGCAGUGUGGGUAAACAUGGCGGCCGGGGGCAGCGGCGGCAGCAAGGCCGGGGCUCUGGAAGCCGCUCUGGACCGCAAGCUGCAGUCAGUCACCAACACCAUGGAGUCCAUCCAGAGCCUGUCCGCCUGGUGCAUCGACAACAAGAAACACCACGCCGCCAUCGCGCAGCACUGGAUCAAAUGGCUCCGGAGAUCUGGCGUCUCUCACAGACUUAAUCUUUUCUACUUGGCAAACGAUGUCCUGCAGAACUGCAAGAGGAAAAACGCACUUGUCUACCGGGACACUUUUUCGGACGUCUUGCUUGAGGCAGCGUCACUGGUCAGGGACCAGUCCGUGUCAAAAUCUAUAGAAAGGAUCUUCAAAAUCUGGGAAGAGAGAAAUGUUUAUACUGAAGAUACCAUUGCAUCAUUCCGAGCGGCAUUAAGCUUUGAAAGGUCCGUUACAGAAAAAAAGAAACGAGAGUCAAAGCAGAUGUACACGGGUCAUUUACACAGUGGAGGAUAUGGCAAACGUGAGCGGAGUGAGCGGAGUGAGCGAAGUGAGCGCCCUGAGCGAAGCAAGACUGUACGCCCAAAGCCGGUUGAGAAAGUACAGGAAGCUCCAGCCAUAAAUCCCAAGGCUGCACUGAAGUCAAAGAUUGUUGCUGAAUUCAGGCCUCAAAACCUGAUUGAUGACUUGCUGGGCUACAAGCAGGCCAUUGAGCACGUUGAGGUGAAGGAAAAGCAGCUGUCCAAUAUGAGAGUGGACGUCUGCAGCACAGAGACAUUAAAACGUCUAAAAGACCGAGCUGGGGGAAAGAAGUUUUCAAAGGACUUUGAGGAAGCAAGUGCAAAGCUUGAAGAGUUUGUUAAUAUCUUGGAGAAGGAGGUGAAAAAUGGCUCCCCUUUAACAGAUGCAUUGGAGAAUGCUUGUAUAUUUUAUGAAGCCCAGUACAGAGAAGUCAAGGUUGUGGUAAAUGCCUAUAAAACAUUUGCCAAUCGGGUUAAUAAUUUGAAGAAGAAACUUGACCAGCUGAAAUCUACCCUGCCCGAUCCAGAGGAAUCUCCAGUGCCUUCCCCUACAAUGGAUGCCCCGUCCCCGACAGGUUCAGAGUCCCCGUUUCAAGGCAUGGGUGCGGAGAGUCCCUUAUCGCCUGAAGUUGAACCCAUCCCAUCUGUCUCUCCAGAACCCCCUAAGGAUAACCGUGUCGUAGAGGACAUGGAGCUGUCUGAUGUGGAUGCUGAUGAAGAAAUGCCAAAUAUCAUUGUUGAGGAAAGGCAGGAACCUGUUGCCCCGUCUACUCCAUUGUCAAAAGCUGAAGAAAAUGCUUCCCCAGAUGUUUCAGUGACCAUGACUGACCCAACAGCUCCAGUUCCAAACCCGGUCUCUGCUCCUGCAUCUUUACCUGUGAUAUCGCCUGUUCCAGUUGGCACGCCUGCGCUUGUUUCCACACCUCUACCUGUAACUCCAGCAAAGACUGUAACCACACCUAGUACUGCCUCUGCAAUCCCCCUCGCAUUGCCCAGUUUGGCCAAUGUAGACCUGGGGAAGAUAAGCUCCAUUUUAAGUAGCUUAACUUCUGUUAUGAAAAAUACAGGAGUUAGCCCAGCAGGCAAGCCGUCUCCUGGGACACCGACUACGCCAACCACUAACUUGAGUGGAGGUCUGAAGACGCCUGUGCAGAGUCAGCCUAAUCCAUUUGCAAACAUCCUUUCCAAAGAGAUUACACCUGAAAGCAUUCUUUCUGUGUUGUCUAAAUCUCAAACUCCCUCCACAUCAUCAUUGCAAGGCUUAUCUUCUUUGAUUCAAAGUGUUGCCAUAUCAAGUGGAUCCAUCACACACACCACAACAACAGCACCAAGCAAUGCUACAGUCCCUUCUGUGAAAGACAGGAGUACUCCAUCAGUUGUACCCCCUUCUGUUCCAAAAAACACUGGCUACUCUCCUUCCUCAAACUCCCCUUCUUUGCCCAUCGCAAAGGCAUCUGUUGGACAUGGUUCAAGUGUAAAGCAGCCGGUUAAUUCUCUGGUUUAUUCAUCUCAGCCCUCUGUGUCCACUGAAAGCACUGCAUGCCCUCCAUCCCAAACCUCCAAAACUAGUGAUGAGAAUGAGCCUUCAAGUUUGGAAAUGAAGAUUCAUAAUUUUUUGAAAGGAAAUCCUGGUUUUAGUGGUUUAGAUUUGAACAUUCCUAUUCUUAGUGGCUUAGGUUCCACCACCUUACCAGAGCCCCCUCCUGAUUUUCACCGUGCUCCCCCAAACACUUCUCUGGAAAAUGUUGAUGGGACACCUGUUAGGGAUGAAAGAAGUGGGACACCAACUCAGGAUGAGAUGAUGGACAAGCCAGUUUCAAGCAGUGUAGACACUGUGUCCUUAUUGUCUAAAAUAAUAAGCCCUGACUCUUCUACUCCUAGUAGUUCGAGAUCUCCACUUUUAAGCAAGGAAAGCGAGUUUCAAAAGCUGGCUAGCUUGCCCGCUUAUAGGUCUUUCAGUCUAGGUGGAAAUUCUCCCAAUGCCUAUCGGCAGUCUUCAGAUACAUUAGAGAGCACUCAACCAAUUGAUUCCCCACUGGAUAAGUUUUUUUCAGAAUCUGCAUUUAAUGAGGAUGAGGACUACCGUGACUUUGAAUAUUCUGGUCCCCCACCGGUGGCUGCUGGUGGUCUUGAAAAGAUGCCUUCCAAUCCCAUUUUAAAAUCCACUGGCCUUUUAGAGCCUACAGACUACAAACAAGGACCACCCAAUUUUGGUCCACCACAAGACUUUGCUAGGCAGUCCUUCCCCCAGUCUAUGCAGCCUCCUUUCAAGUCUGCUGAAAGUGCUGGGCGAGUGUCCCCAUCCUCUGAGUUAUACGGAAGCUACAAUUUAAGAGGGGGUAAUCUAGAAGCUGAUCGAUCACCAUCACUGAAGAAAGAGGAGCCAUUUUUCCCUCCAGACAGUCAUAAUAGUUUAACAGGGAUGCAUUCGGGUUUAUCGACAUCUCAUUAUUUAGAUUCUCCUCAUACUCUUCAAAAUAGACCACCUAACUUUGCCUCUAAAAAUAAUCUUUCCUCCAGACCCCCAAUGUCAAAUAUGGAACAACCAGGCUCUGCUGUAUCAGCCUCUACUACAAUGGAAUUUAAGACCAUGCUUAAAAAUGCAUCUCGCAGACCCUCUGACGAAAGUCCGUUCAGCCAAUCAAGCUUAAAUGAGGACAUUCACAUGUCUGGCCUCAGCCAUUCUGGGUUGUCUUCUGACGAGAGACCACGUCAAGAGGAGCAUUAUCGAAUAGAAACAAGAGUUUCAUCCUCCUCUUUAGACCUUGGAGAUAAUGUGGAAGAAAAAGGAGCACCCAUAGAAACCUUGGGAUAUCACAAUGCUGGCAACAUGAGGAUUUCAGGAGAGCCUAUUAAAAUUGUAGAGUCUGUAAGAGUGGGAGUGAAAGGUAACAGAGCACAUGGUAUAGAUGGUAAUAGAGGGGGUUGGUUUGAGAUGGGGAGUUCAGGUAGCUCAUUUGAUGAUUGCCCCUCAAGUGCUGAUGAACAGGCUUCAUUAAGUGGUAGUGGAGGAUUUAAACCACAAUUUGAAGAGCAUGUACCACGCUUUCCAGACACAGUUGGUGACUUCCGUGCAAAGAAUAUGCCACCUUUUGACCAUCAUGUGCCACCUCCAUCCAUGGUUCCUCCAUUAGAGCGAGGGGGGCCUUUUCAAAUUGAACAUGCUGGCCCUCCUUCUGUACCACCUCCAGGCUUACCUGGUGAUCAUGGAAGUCUCUUUGGUAGAGACAUUACUGUGACGGCACGCAUGUCCUCUAUGGAACCUCCCAAUCCUUUGCCUCAUGGUCCGCCUCAGCCACCGCCACCUAUAGAACAUGGAAUGAAUCAAUUUCCUGGGCAUCCUCUUCCAGAGCAUGGUACCAUACCAUUUUCGCCACCUCCCCGUCUAGACAUGCGUCACCCAUUUUCACAGGACCAUGGUACUCUUCACCAAGGAGCAAUAAAAGAACAUUAUGGUAUGCAUACAGGUUCGACAAGAGAUCACGGGCCACCUCGUGACCAUAAUGGCCCACCUCAUGCUAGGAUAAAUGAAACAAUGGCUCCUAAUUCCAGGGACCACCAUGGACCCCAUAGCGGCCCUCCACGUCAUCCUUUUACACAACAUCAUAGAGACGAUAUGAAUCCAGGUGGGGUAAGACAUCAUAGGCCACAGUUUAGGCCUAGGGAACCCUAUCACAGUUUAAAAAGACCACGACCACCGUUUGGACGGGGUCCUCAGUUUUUCUCUCCAAAACGACCUUUUUAUCCCCCUAGGUACUGACCUAAAAUUAUAAUCGCAAAAGAAGACAUUAAAACUGUUUGUUUUCAAGUGGUGGCAUUGGUUUUUGUACUUGUCUUUAAUAGCCCAUGCUAGGAUGGUGACUUUUUCAUUUAAACCAGUGACAAGCUGAAAAAAACAAAAACAAAUAAGUUAUUUAACUUUAUAAUUCAAUGCCACAGGUUAUAAUGUAGCUGAAACAGGUCAGACCGAUUUUAUAGGGGAAAGGCUAAAGUAACAUCCACCAUUUAACUAACCAACCACAUGACCGAUUCGUAUAAACUAUUCAAACCCUCAUUCGUUCAAAGUCUCAUUAAGCAUACAUGGAUACAAGUCGUCCCUGAGUCACCAUACUAAAGUCAAUGUGCGGAAUCAGUCUGUUCCUGCCAGUGAAGAUUACCAAGGCUUUCUCUGUGCUUUCUAUAUUACCGAUAGGUGAGUUACAGAGGGAGUAACAUUGAGCUCAAUAUCUUCAGGUUACAUAAUGGAGUCUGUUUUGCUUUUUUUUUUUUUCAAUAAAUGUUUAUUUCUCAGCCUGUUAACACACCGUGCCCACGUUUUGUUUCUCUACAAACCUUGCCGCCAGCAGGAAUCCUGCUCAAAUUACAGCUUGCAAGCUUCACCUCUGCACCGGGCCUCUCAGAACUUAAAGUCGACUGAGAUAUAUAAUGCAGCCUGUGGUCUUCGGAGCGCGAGACGGAUAGUGAACACUUGGUGGCAUUAAAUACUUCCAAGUUC